AUUCUGCUCGUCCAGCGCGCGCGCGCACACACACACACACACACUCACGCGCUGCUGCUUGCGCAUUCCCCAUCAGCAGCUCAACGUACAGGGAGCCUCUUCACGUCCAACACCGUUUUCAGUGUCCGUGCUUUAGUUGAUCAAACAUGACGGUUGUGAUUCGAAACGUGGAAGAAACGAGCAGCUGAUCUGAGGAGGAAUCUGUGUUUUACGUGACUAAAACACGUCUUUGGGAUAGAGACUACGGAGGCGCCGCGACCGUUGCAACUUUUGUUGCAAUCAGCACGCGCGUUUACUGACGGUUGCGUUUUUUAAAGAAAAAGUCGCUUAACUUUUUGCACUCGAUUUGUUCGGUCAUUGUGGAAUGUAGAAUCGGGUGAAAACACGCCUGUUUCGAGUUCUUUUAUUCGUGUUUGGUAAGUUUGUCAGGACGACAAGCAGCAGAGGACACGGCGCUUCACUGGAGUUUGCAGAGUUUGUUGCAGGGAUACCGAUGAAACUGUCGAGCUUUGUGUGAUCACAAGUAAUCAUGGACAAAUUGGAUUUAAAUUCAUGUGUCAAGGAUUAUUUCUGAAAUAUCUCGUGUGUUUUUUUCCCUGCACUGAGUGGACUGCACCGUUCUCGUCAACACAAACUCUAGAUUUUGUUACCGUUGCAAGACGCUCGUAAACAUGCCACAGCUUAACGGAGGUGGAGGGGAUGAGUUGGGGGCGAACGAUGAAAUGAUCUCAUUCAAAGAUGAGGGCGAACAAGAGGACAAAAUCUCCGAAAACGUGUCUGCCGAAAGAGAUCUGGACGAUGUGAAGUCCUCUCUAGUGAACGAGUCGGAAAAUAACAGCAGUUCAUCCGAUUCUGAGCAAACCGAGAGGCGACCUCAACCAAGACCUGAUCAUGAAAGUUAUGAGAAAGCCCGAGAGUAUUUCGCUGAAGCUUUGAGAAGACAGCAAGAUGGAGGAUUUUUUAAGAGCCCCCAUUAUCCAGGCUACCCAUUUCUAAUGAUCCCAGAUCUUACCAAUCCUUACUUGUCCAACGGCGCCCUGUCUCCAAGCGCAAGAACGUAUUUGCAGAUGAAAUGGCCUAUUCUGGAUGUUCCAGGCACGGCAGCACUCAAAGACUCACGGUCACCUACUCCAGGACACUUAUCUAAUAAGGUCCCGGUGGUCCAGCAUGCUCACAUGCACCCCCUGACCCCCCUCAUCACCUACAGCAAUGAACACUUUUCUCCAGGAACUCCUCCAGCCCACCUCUCACCAGAGAUACUGGACCCAAAGACAGGUAUUCCUCGGACCCCUCACCCCUCAGAGCUCUCGCCCUACUACCCACUGUCCCCUGGGGCCAUGGGGCAGAUCCCGCACCCAUUGGGGUGGCUUGUCCCACAGCAGGGUCAACACAUGUACCCCAUCACCGCUGGUGGUUUCCGUCACCCUUACCCAACUCUUGCCAUGAACGCAUCCAUGUCCAGUUUGGUGUCCAGUCGCUUUUCUCCUCACAUCGUUCCUCAUCAUCCUCAUGGUCUUCAUCAGACAGGCAUCCCUCACCCAGCCAUCGUCUCUCCGGCUAUCAAACAAGAACCCAACGGAGAACUCAGCCCAGCGGCUCACACGAAGUCUCCAGGCCCGACUAAGAAGGAGGAUGAGAAGAAACCUCACAUAAAGAAGCCUCUAAACGCCUUCAUGCUCUAUAUGAAGGAGAUGAGGGCCAAAGUGGUGGCAGAGUGCACGCUAAAAGAAAGUGCCGCCAUCAACCAGAUCCUCGGCCGCAGGUGGCACUCACUAUCACGAGAGGAACAGGCCAAAUACUACGAGUUGGCCAGGAAAGAGAGGCAGCUGCACUCUCAACUCUACCCUGGCUGGUCAGCCCGAGAUAACUACGGCAAGCGGAAGAAGAGGAAGAGAGAUAAUAAGACAGACUCAACAGCAGAGGAUUUCUCGUCACGGAACAAGAAGCCGUGCGUGCAGUACCUCCCUCAGGAGAAAAUGAUUGACAGCCCAGGCUCCUCCCACGGCAGCAUGCUGGACUCUCCAGCCACGCCCUCUGCGGCCCUGGCCUCGCCCGCUGCUCCGGCCCCCACUCACUCCGAGCAGGCCCAGCCGCUGUCGCUCACCACCAAACCCGAUCGCCACCAUCAGCCUCACUUCCCUCUUCUGUCCAAACCCCCUUCCUCAUGCUCUUCAUCAUCAUCAUCAUCCUCCUCCCAGCCCAGCAUCUCUCUCCCGACCAGCUCCUCAGGCAGUCAGUCAACUCCGCCUCUUCUCUCUCGGCCACUCCCCUUCUCCUCCUUGCAUGCCUCCCUCCUCUCUCCGCCCUCCCCGUUCCAUCAGGCUGCUCUUCACUCCCAUCAUGCUUUGUUCCAGUCUCAGCCACUCUCGUUGGUAACCAAAUCAGCUGACUGACUCUUCUAAAGCAAUUCUUUCUUAAUGUCUUUUAAAUAAUGCUGUAUAUUGCUUUUUACCUUUCGGAGAAAUAGAUGUCAGGUUAACUUUUUUGAUAAGUGAAAAGGAAAUAAAUAUUAUUGGUCAAUAUUUGAUCAUCUGCUUUUCUGUGUCUGUAUAAAACAAUGUAUUUUUUGUAAUGUCUACUUUGGAACUGGUUUCUUAUUUGAUGCAUUUAUUCAGUAAUCUUGUAUAAAGAAUACAUGUAUUAAAAACUACUUUUAAAAGACGAGAAGGAACAAAAAAAUUUAAGCUUGCCUGUAAUUAAUGGUAGAUUUUUGGAGUUUAAUUCAUAGUUCUGGCAAUUUAUUAGACCUCUUUGCAAUGACCCCCUCUACCCCAGUUUUGAAGUGUGUGAACUUGAUAAAUAAAACUUGUAAAUUGUUUCUAAAAA